AUGAAACCUGGAUCACAGCCUGAAAAGGGCGCCUCGCACUCUAGCAACAAUCCUUCACAGACAGAAGCAACAUCAUCUAGUUAUCCAGAAAGACAACAAGAUGAAGGGUCCCACAAACCUCCUCCAUACUCUGGCCCAGCCACUCCAGUACCAACCACAACCCAAACACUUGAGUCUCAACUAGCCCAACAAAAACAACCGCAGCACUCCACGGGUAUUCCCAAACUAGAUUACAGUCUUUAUAUACCUCAAACAUUCAUAUUAUCAGAGAACCAGACCACGAUAACGUCUCAUGAUAAACAACUGAAUACCCAAAGAACUUCCCUCCUGAGCCUCGUUCAACGUCUCUCUUCUGUACCUCCUAAGCCAGAAAUACGGAUUAUUGGAAAGAGUACGGGUGCAGAGAUUGUUGAUUUUGACUUGAGGCUUAAUAUGAUGAGACUAUUUGUUCCGGAUGAUGAGAGACAGAGGAUGAAUUAUAUCCACGUUAUGCCGCCUGGAGAAAAUGGGUGGAGAGGAAAGACGAAGAAAUCGACGGAGCCCGCUUUGGAAGGUUUAGAGAGUUGGGUAAAGAGGUAUUGUGAGGAUGAUACGGUUGCGAAAGAGUAUGUUUUCCAAUCCACUUGAUUCUUACUUUCUUAUGGUAAAUACUAAGGCCAAACUCAGAUUUGUCCUUGAACGAUGCAUGAUCAACUGGGAUACAUCACACCUCGAAGACCGUCUCUACCUUCUCUUCAGAAGCAUAGGCUACAACGGCCGGGUUUCCAUAAAGUUCCCCGCUACUCACACCAGAGUCAUAGUCUCCCCAGAAGAUAAGAGACCCCGCUUCAUCGCCAGCAUGACUAAAAUCUUCACCAACGGACCUCAUAGAUAUGAGAUUGUGAAAUCGGUGUGGCCCUAUGCAAAUGUUCCUAGAGGUAAAGAUGGCAGGCUAUGCGCAGUUCAAGAUGAAGAUGCUUGGUUUCAAGAGUGGAAGGGGGCUAUUGCUCAUGCUGCUUUGUGCAAGAUGAAGAAGGUUUGGGUUACGGUUGAGGAUCAGUUGGAGGUUUUGAUGACUUCUAGGAGAGGCAUUGCGGAUCAUAAACAGGGUGGUUUGGAGUGGGGUACUACCUCCUUGUCAGGCGAGUAUUAUAGUAGGCAUUACGGUAUGUAGUCUACUGGACUGGGGACUGAGGCUGUGAUGUCCAUAGCCGCAAUCAAAUAGUGAUAACAAUCCUUUCUGCGAAUUCGCAUAAUGUCUCUAUAUUAUAGAUAUUUUUAAGCGUAUGUAUUGUACAUAAAACAAUAUUUUUA